AUGCUUACCACCGCCUCUCCCAUCUCCGGCUACCCGGCCAUCGCUGCCACCCGGGCCGAGGCUUCCCCCGCCUCCCGCUCUCCCCUGGCUCCGGCUCUCCCACCCCCCUGCUCCAUCUCCGGCUACCCGGCCAUCGCUGCCCGGGCCCGGGGAGCUCUCCAUCUCCCACCCCCCGGCUCCAUCCCCGGCUGCCCGGCCACGGCCUCCCGGGCCCGGGUUAAACUUCCCGCAUCCUCCCCCUCUCCCCUGGCUCCGGCUCUCCCACCCCCGGGCUCCAUCCCCGGCUACCCGGCCACCGCUGCCCGGGCCCGGGGAGCAGCUCGUGCCCCUGCUACCCCUUUCGGCCUCUCGUGCCCCUGGUACCCGCCACGCUCCGUGCCCCUGGUACCCCUUCGGCGCUUCGUGCCCAUAGUACCCGCCACACCUCCGUGCCCCUGGUACCCCUUUCGCUCUCAGUGCCCCUGGUACCCCGCUCAGCAUCUCGUGCCCCUGCUACUCAGCCACACACUCCGUGCCCCUGGUACCCCUCCACACACUCACUUCAUCUUGUGCACCGCUCGACACUCUGUGCCUCUGCCUCUCCGCUCCACGCUCUGUGCCUCUGCCUCUCCGCUCCACGCUCCGCGCCUCUGCUCUGCCGCCGCGCUCUGGACACUCUGCUCCUCUGCUCCUCCGCAGCCCCGCUCCCCGCGCCCCUGGUACCCCUUGGGCCAGCGUGUACCGCCCCAGUCAAACUCCCCACCUGCCACUGGCUACCCGGCCCUCGCUGCCCGGGCCCGGCUUAAGACUCCCGCCGCAUCGCCCUCUCCGCCAGCUCCGUCUCCAGCUCGGAGCACCUGCCGCGAUGCCGGGUUGAGCUUCCCGCAUCCUCUCGCUCUCCCGGGCUCCAUCUCCAUCUCCCGACACCGAGGCUCCGUCCCGGCUACCCGGCCCUCGCUGCCCGUUCGGGUUAAAAAAGUUCGCCGCGCUCGCCCUCUCCGCUGGCUCCGUCUCCAUCUACCCGGCCACCGCUGCCGGGACGGGGCGGGGGCUCUGAAGGGAGGCCGCCUAGAAGCCCCGGGCGGCAACGAGUUCGGAGAACUUCCCGGCGCUCCGUUCUGGAAGCCCAUGUUUUCAAAAGCAGCUCUCCAUCUCCCACCCCCCGGCUCCAUCCCCGGCUGCCCGGCCACGGCCUCCCGGGCCCGGGUUAAACUUCCCGCAUCCUCCCCCUCUCCCCUGGCUCCGGCUCUCCCACCCCCGGGCUCCAUCCCCGGCUACCCGGCCACCGCUGCCCGGGCCCGGGGAGCCAAGACCUUCGUGCCCCUGGUGCCCGCAGAGCCCUUCGUGCCCUGGUACACCGCUCUCCAUCUCCCACCCCAGCUCCAUCCCCGGCUGCCCAGCCAGCUUCAGGCAGUUAAACUUCCACAUCCCCCCUCUCCCUCCAUCUCCGGCUCUGGGUACCUCCUCCAGGAACCUCGACCACCAGCCGAACCCGUGUACCCACGCUUAAGCACCCCUCCUCGGGCUAACCACUCAUCGCCGCGCCGCCAAGACCUUCGUGCCCCUGGUACCCGCAGAGCCGCCUUGCCCCUGGUACUCCGCGAGCACUUCGUGCCCCUGGUACUCCGCCAAACGCCGUUGCCCUGGUACCCUGAGAGCCGCCGUGCCCCUGGUACUCCGCACAACGCCGUGCCCUGGUACCCGCCACACUCCGUGCCCCUGGUACCCGCUCGGCUCCUCGUGCCCCUGGUACACCGCUCAGCAUCUACGUGCCCUGGUACCCCUCGGCCUCUCGUGCCCCUGGUACCCGCCACACGCUCCACCUACUUCAACCUCUCAUGCCCUGGUACCCCGCCACGCUCCGUGCCCUGGUACCCCUUUCGACGCUUCCGUUACCCGCCCAUGUUACCCGCCACACACUCCGUGCCCCUGGUGCCCGCUUUCGGCUCUCGUGCCCUGGUGCCCCGCUCAGCAUCUCGUGCCCCUGCUUCUCAGCCACACACACUCCCGUGCCCUACCCCUUUCCCACGCUAUGCCUGCUCUGCCGCCGCUCUGGACACUCUGCUCUGCUCCUCCACCAGCCUCCCCCGCGCCCUGGUACCCCCACCAGGCGCGCGUCAGGAGACCCACGCCCACGUGCUUGAGAUCAGGGCUGACUUUCAGUAG